AAAUAGAAUAAGUCAAUUAGGAAAAACUGCCAGAACAGAAAUGUCUUGAAUGACUCAUUUGAAAAAAGCUGCUUGAGAAUAAGGAAAAUACUAUUAUUCAAUAUGCUAAUUUGUUUACACAGAAGAAUUGAGCAAGAGGGACAUCACCAAUGCACACUGGAUUUAAGACCUCUCUGCCCACUAACACCAAAGCCAGGAGAGAUACCAACUACUGAAUUUCAGCUGGAGAAAGGACACAGCACAAUGAAGCUUUUCAUAGGCAUUCUUUUCUGUACCUUGAUCAUGGGAGUCACUGGUGAAAGCUGGUAUUCAUUCUUCAAGGAGGCUGUGCAAGGGGCUUCGGACUUGUGGAGAGCCUACUGGGACAUGAGAGAUGCCAAUGUCCAGAAUUCAGGCAGAUACUUCCGCGCUCGAGGGAACUACGAGGCUGCUCAAAGGGGCCCUGGCGGUGUCUGGGCUGCAAAAAUCAUCAGGAUGAACCUUUUCACGGGCAUCAUUUUCUGCUUCCUGAUCCUGGGCGUCAGCAGCCGGGGAUGGGGGACAUUCCUCAAGGAAGCUGGUCAAGGGGCUAAAGACAUGUGGAGAGCCUACUCUGACAUGAAAGAAGCCAACUACAAGGGUGCAGACAAAUACUUCCACGCCCGCGGAAACUAUGACGCUGCCCGAAGGGGACCGGGGGGCGCCUGGGCUGCUAAAGUGAUCAGUAACGCCAGAGAGACUAUUCAGGGAAUCACAGACCCUCUGCGUAAGGGUAUGACUAGGGACCAGGUACGGGAGGACUCGAAGGCUGACCAGUUUGCCAACGAAUGGGGCCGGAGUGGCAAAGACCCCAACCACUUCAGACCUGCUGGCCUGCCUGACAAGUACUGAGCUGCCUCUCCCUCUGCUCAGGAGACAGGGCUGUGAGUCCCCAAGGGCAGGGACACUGACCUAGAGAGUUCUCUGUCCUCAGAAGGAAGCAGAUCUAAUAAAUGCUCAAGAGAUGGAA